CACAAAUAACAUAACAGAGAAAGAAAAACAAAUUAUUAAGCCCAGAGAUGUAGAGCUAGCUAGAUAUGGGCACAAAAGCAGAUUUCACGGAGAUUUUGAGCAAGAAGGAAGAGGUGGCAGCAGUGUUCCCCUUGCAAGAACACUGGCCACCACUCUCUAACCUUGACUUGCUUCUGCCGCCCGUUGAUGUGGGAGUCUUCUUCUGUUGCAAGAAACAAGAAGCCUUUGGGGACAGCAUAAGCUUUGGUUCCCUGGUGAGUGUCCUCAAGAAGGCCAUGGCUCAGGCUCUUGUCUCCUACUACGUAUUUGCUGGUGAGGUUGUGCCUAACACUGUUGGUGAGCCUGAGCUUGUUUGCAACAAUCGAGGGGUGGAUUUCGUUGAAGCUUAUGCUGAUGUUGAGCUUCAAAACCUCGACUUGCAUAACCCUGAUGAAAGCAUUGAAGGCAAACUUGUACCUCAGAAGAAACAUGGCGUGCUCUGGGUUCAGGUAUAAUUCAUAGUAGUAAAGCCCUUUCAAAUAAAAAUGGUUUGGCGUCAUUGCGAGGUGAGAAAAUCGCUUUCAUUCCAGCGCUGGACAGUCCAAAAUGAAAAGAAAUUGAACAAAAAAAAAAUUGUAAACAUU